GUAGUUUCAUCUGUAUAAAUCUGUAUACUAUCUAGUCAGAACCUAACAGGUCAAGCGUUAGGGUUCCAGAGAUUCAUUCCUUGAGUACUUUGUCAAAUACUAUCCUCGAUUGAUCCGUACUCGACUCCCGGAAAGAACAGAAAUAUAUCGAAAAUGGGCGUCACAGACUUCGAGCUCGAAGACCAGAAGUAUCUGGAAGAGGUCAAUGCUGUCAAGCAAUGGUGGACUGAUUCACGAUGGCGAUACACAAAUCGCCCCUUCACUGCUGAGCAGAUUGUUGCGAAGCGCGGCACACUCAAGAUUGAGUACCCCUCCAAUGCACAGGCUAAGAAGCUUUGGAAGAUUUUGGAGGAGAGAUUCAGUAACAAAACUGCUAGCUACACAUACGGCUGUUUGGAACCAACUAUGCUUACGCAGAUGAUCAAGUAUCUUGAUACCAUCUACGUCUCCGGAUGGCAAAGCUCUUCAACCGCAUCUUCGACCGAUGAGCCCUCUCCCGAUCUUGCAGACUACCCCAUGAACACCGUCCCCAACAAAGUCAACCAAUUGUUCAUGGCUCAACUCUUCCACGACCGAAAACAGCGCGAAGAGCGUAUUACUACCCCCCGCGAAAAACGCAGCCAGGUCCAGGACUACGACUACCUCCGACCCAUCAUCGCUGAUGCUGAUACUGGCCAUGGUGGUCUCACUGCCGUUAUGAAGCUCACUAAGCUCUUCGUCGAGCGUGGUGCUGCUGGCAUCCAUAUUGAAGAUCAGGCGCCCGGUACAAAGAAGUGUGGACACAUGGCUGGCAAAGUCUUGGUGCCUAUUAGUGAACACAUCAACCGUUUGGUUGCUAUUCGUGCUCAGGCUGAUAUCAUGGGCACUGAUCUCCUCGCCGUUGCACGAACCGACUCCGAAGCCGCUACCCUCAUCACCUCCACUAUCGACUACCGUGACCAUGCCUACUUGAUUGGAUCCACCAACGCCAAUAUUCAACCUCUUAAUGAUUUGAUGGUUGCCGCUGAACAGUCUGGUAAAACCGGUGACCAACUACAAGCCAUCGAGGACCAAUGGGUCGCUCAAGCCGGCCUCAAGAGAUUCGACGACGCUGUCAUCGACACAAUCAACAAAUCUGCCUCUGGUAACAAGAAGGAACUCAUUGACAAAUACUUGGAAACUGCCAAGGGAAAGAGCAACACUGAAGCCCGCGCCAUUGCAAAGAGUAUCACCGGAGUGGACAUCUACUGGAACUGGGAUGCCCCCCGCACCCGAGAGGGUUACUAUAGGUACCAAGGUGGUACUCAGUGCGCCAUCAACCGCGCUGUCGCCUAUGCUCCAUUCGCCGAUUUGAUCUGGAUGGAGAGCAAGCUUCCUGAUUACCAGCAAGCUAAGGAGUUUGCCGAAGGUGUCCAUGCCGUCUGGCCCGAGCAAAAGUAAGUCAUCUUCCUGCCACCCCGGUCAAUAUAAGUAUCAGAUCAUUAAUCUUUUUUUUUCUGUGCAGACUCGCCUAUAACCUCUCCCCUUCCUUCAACUGGAAAGCCGCCAUGUCCCAAGACGAACAACUUACCUACAUCGACCGUCUCGGCAAGCUCGGCUACUGCUGGCAAUUCAUCACGUUGGCCGGUUUGCACAGCACAGGCUUGAUCAGCGACCAAUUCGCCUCCGCCUAUGCCAAACAGGGUAUGCGCGCAUACGGUGAACUCAUCCAAGAACCCGAGAUGGAGCGCAAGGUCGAUAUUGUCACGCAUCAGAAAUGGAGUGGUGCCAACCUGAUUGAUCACAGUCUUGCGAUGGUGACGGGUGGUAUUAGCAGCACUGCUGCUAUGGGUAAGGGUGUGACUGAAGAACAGUUCAAGUCCUAAACAUAUUAUUUUUUUGCAUCGUUUGCUUUGAGAUAUCGUCUUUUUGUAUAUGUUCAGGGUUGAAUUCUAUCACGUGAUGUUGUCUGUCAACGGACAUGAAACAAAUCGUCCUGUUUUCUUAUUUGAACGUUGCGAAUAAAAUGUCCAAGUCUACAUACACCAGUACGCACGUAAGUUUCACU